CGCCACCGACCGGGCCUCGAACGGGAUGGCGGAGGAGGUGAGCACCCUGAUGAAGGCCACGGUCCUGAUGCGGCAGCCUGGGCGGGUGCAGGAGAUCGUGGGCGUCCUCCGCAAGGGCGGCGGAGAGAGGUUACAGGUACCUCGGAGGCGGGCGGGGGCCGGCAGGGCUGGGGGCGGCUGGGGAGGCUUCCAGCCCAUUGGGUCUUCCCGCUUUGCUGUGCCGCGGACCCCUGCUAGCUCCCCACCCUAAGAAAUGGCCGGGAACUUGAAGGAGAGCGGGUUGGUUCCCCUGUCCUGAAUCCCAGAUUUCAGAUUUCUCAAUAUGGUCAUGCUGCUUCCUCUAAUUGGACAGAAGGCGCCCCACACCAGUACCUGGGGCCUUAUCCUCCCCAAGCCAGCGGCUCUCCAGUGAUUUCUGAUUUUGACAUGACCUUGAGCAGGUUUGCAUAUAAUGGAAAGCGAUGUCCUUCUUCUUACAAUAUUUUGGAUAAUAGCAAGAUCAUCAGUGAGGAGUGUCGGAAAGAGCUCACAGCGCUCCUUCACCACUAUUACCCAAUUGAGAUCGACCCACACCGGACCAUCAAGGAGAAGCUACCUCAUAUGGUGGAAUGGUGGACCAAAGCGCACAACCUCCUGUGUCAGCAGAAGAUUCAGAAGUUUCAGAUAGCCCAGGUGGUUAGAGAGUCCAAUGCAAUGCUCAGGGAGGGAUACAAGACCUUCUUCAACACACUCUACCAUAACAACAUUCCCCUUUUCAUCUUUUCUGCGGGCAUUGGUGAUAUCCUGGAAGAAAUUAUCCGACAGAUGAAAGUUUUCCACCCCAACAUCCACAUUGUGUCUAACUACAUGGAUUUUAACGAAGAUGGUUUUCUCCAGGGAUUUAAGGGCCAGCUCAUACACACAUACAACAAGAACAGCUCCGUGUGUGAGAACUCUGGUUACUUCCAGCAACUUGAGGGCAAAACCAAUGUCAUCCUGCUGGGAGACUCCAUUGGGGACCUCACCAUGGCCGAUGGGGUUCCUGGUGUGCAGAACAUUCUCAAGAUUGGCUUCCUGAAUGACAAGGUGGAGGAGCGGCGGGAGCGCUACAUGGACUCCUAUGACAUCGUGCUGGAGAAGGACGAGACUCUGGAUGUGGUCAAUGGGCUGCUGCAGCACAUCCUGUGCCAGGGGGACCAGCUGGAGAUGCAAGGCCCCUGAGGGCACAGGCUUCAGCCCGACCUGCAGGCCGUGGUGAGGAGUCCGCUCCCCCAUGGACACAGAGCAGAGGCCAGGGUGGCCAGCAACGGCUGGGUCCUUCCAUACCCCUCCGUCCUUUCCCUGAGCACCUUCAUCACCAGAGGCUUGAAGGAGCCCCGCCAUGUGGCAGGGCACAAGCACUGUUCCUGGUGAACCUUGGACCACAGCAUGUCAGUGCUCUAGGGAUUGUCUAUUCCAGGGAUUUUUUUCAACACUUUUAAAAAUGGGAAGUUGUUCUUCAAACAAAUAUAAUGUGUGAAACAGAUCAAAAUUUUUAAAAUGAAAAAAA